AUGGGAAUGGUAAUAAUAAUCGCGGGUUGGAGUGACGGGGAGAAAAGACGUAGGAGACUGUAUAUGAUUGUUGGUUGUGAGCAUGGGGGCCUUUAUGCUGGCAGGAAGGUACUUGGUGAAGAUGAUCAAAGACCGGGAAAAAGGAGCACCGGUUCUAAGAAAUGUAAUUAUCCGUUUAAAUUGAAGGAGAGAAAAGAAGGCAAUGAAGAUGAACAUGUUGAGUGGAAAUUGGAUGUUCACAGUGGUAUUCACAACCACAACUUGUUUGAAAACUUGCAAGGACACUCUUAUAUAGAUUUCAACGAAUUAUCUGGGAGAUCUCAAUUGCAACUAUUGUUCGCCAAGUUGAAAGAAGACAAAUACCUCUCUUACCAUAGAUCGAACGAAUUUAAUGAGAUUGCCGACUUGUUGUGGAUCCACCCGAAAUGCAUUAAGUUGGCACAGCCGAAUCCCUACGUAUUUGUCAUGGAUUGCACAUACAAAACCAAUGGUUACGGACUCCCAUUUCUUGAGAUUGUGGGUUUUACUUGUACCAACUUGACGUUCGCCAUUGCCUUUCCAUACAUGGAUCACAAAAAGAUGGAAAUUUCGAAUGGACGUUGCGUUGUUUGGUGGAGGCCAUGA